CCUGAGGGCAAAGUAGAAGAGGGAGGGGCCCUGGCUGUGGGGAGACUACGCUCCCUGGAGGACCAGCUGACCAGAGCCAAGCAGAAGAUCCACAGCUUCCAGAGACUGACCGGAGAUGGUCCAGGCCCCACCCAGGAGGAGCUGAGGCGGAGGGUAGAGAACGGUGUGAGGGAGCUCUGGUACUUUGUCCGCAGCGAGGUGAAGAGCCUGGGCCAUGUGGAGGCCGGGGAGAGGCCCAGACAGGCUGACACCCUGCUACAAGACCUGGGACACCAGCAGAGGUCUAUCAUGACAGACCUGUACUACCUCAGCCAGGCUGAUGGAGUGGGAGACUGGAGAGUGAAGGAGGCCAGGGACCUGUCUAACCUGGUGCAGAGCAGGAUCACCUACCUACAGAAUCCCCAGGACUGCAGCAAGGCACGUAAGCUGGUKUGUAACAUCAACAAGGGCUGUGGCUAUGGCUGUCAGCUGCACCACGUGGUCUACUGCUUCAUGAUCGCCUACGGCACCCAGCGCACCCUCAUCCUGGAGUCCCACAACUGGCGCUACGCCACGGGCGGCUGGGAGACCGUCUUCCACCCUGUCAGCAACUCCUGUACCGACCGUACCGGGGUGUCUACAGGGCACUGGUCAGGUGAGGCCCAUGACAAGGACAUCCAGGUGGUAGAGUUACCCAUCGUGGAUAGCCUACACCCCCGCCCCCCGUACCUGCCMUUGUCCAUCCCGGAAGACCUAGCCCAGCGUCUACACCGUCUCCAUGGUGACCCGUCUGUGUGGUGGGUGUCUCAGUUCGUUAAGUACCUGGUGCGUCCUCAGGCCUGGCUGGAGAAGGAGAUUGCAGACACCACAGCCAAGCUGGGUUUCAAGCACCCCAUCAUAGGGGUCCAUGUUCGACGGACAGAUAAGGUGGGGACGGAGGCUGCGUUCCACCCUAUAGAGGAGUACAUGGUGCACGUGGAGGAACAGUUCCCACUGGCCAGACGCAUCCACGUGGACAAGAAAACGAUCUACCAUGCAACAGGAUGACCCUUCACUACUGCCACAGAGGCUAAGACGAAGUACCCUGACUAUGAGUUCAUCAGUGAUAACUCCAUCUCGUGGUCAGCCGGCCUGCACAACCGCUACACCGAGAACUCUCUGAGAGGAGUCAUCCUAGACAUACACUUCCUGUCCCAGACCGACUUCCUGGUCUGCACCUUCUCCUCACAGGUGUGCCGCGUGGCCUACGAGAUCAUGCAGACGCUGCACCCGGACGCCUCCUCCUUCUUCCACUCGCUAGACGACAUCUACUACUUCGGGGGCCAGAACGCCCACAACCAGAUCGCCAUCUACCCCCACCACCCCCGCAACCCCGAAGACAUACCCCUGGAGCCCGGUGACGUCAUCGGCGUGGCGGGGAACCACUGGGAUGGCUACUCGAAAGGGGUCAACCGUAAAAUGGGCCGCACUGGCCUCUACCCGUCCUACAAAGUCAAGGAGAAGAUCGAGACCGUGAAGUACCCCACGUACCCCGAGGCAGACAAGCUGCUCUCAAACUCCCAACAGAAAUGAAGAAGAAAGGGAAAGAUGAAAAUAAAAUUAGAGAAAGAGACUCUGAAUCAGUGAUAGAACAGGGGGAAAAUGAUGGUAGUGUUUAGGCCUCACUAGAGCGCUGUGUGUGUGUGUGUGUGUGUGUGUGUGUGUGUGUGUGUGUGUAAAUUAUGGAAUCUUGCAGCUGCCACUACAUCGUCCCCGUGCACACAGAUUAUGAAGAAAAGUAUCAAUCAAACAUUGAUUUCAAACUAACCUGAAAACAAUUAAACGCCCGUAGCCGACAACGUGGAUUGGGAAUGGAACUAGCCAAUCGGGUCGAGCCUUGGAUCAAGGGCUGAAAAACAAUUAUAAAGUGGAUGAAAAAAACUUGUUUUAAUUUCUUUUCAAUUAUUUUGGUGGUUUUAAUUCUAUUCUUGCCUUAUUUUUUCUCUMCUGUGUUCAUUAAAUGUACUGUAUCUUGCAUCUUCCCCUUGCCAUAUUCACUCACURCGUUCCUCCCCUCUCCUUUCGCUCCAAUAGCACUGUCCUACAUCUUGUCUUUCAUGUGCAGUUCCUUUUAUACCACCUUAAUGGGCUUUUUAACAAGUGAUUUUAACGUGCGUGUGUCUGUUUAGGGGGCAUGACAUGAUGCCUGUCAUCAGUGAGCGGCAUCCUUAUGUCCUUAUUCCUGACUGAAUAGUUGUGUUGUGCUCUAUGMGACUGGUGGUGAUAGUUGGACCCUUAGCAGGAACUUACAACAAACUAUGAACUAUGGUGACCAAUAGUGAAGAUUGAUGAUGGUGAACAAUGUUGAUCUAUGUUGAACAAUAAUACUCUAUGGUGACCUAUGAUUACCUUUGAACUAUGAUGACCUAUAAUGAUCUACGGUGAACUACAGUGCACACAGGAGCACUCUCUAGGCUCACCAAACAAAGCACUCCACUGAGCUAAUGUCCUUUUGACAUCUCUACGUCCGUCUAAGUCCAUCUGUUUGUUUGUUGUAUUUUUUUUGCUACUAACAUUACUGUUGGAAAUAUGAGGGGGGAACAAAGAGAUGCCUCUGUUGAAAUUGAUAAUGCURUGUCAUAAGAGGUUUGUAAUCGACCGUGAUAAAGAACUUUGUCAUAGCUUAUGUUCUGGGGGCAUUUUCUUUGAUAACAACCACUSAUCGAAUAAACUUGACAAACCAAGUGGCACUUGUGAUGUCCCGCUCCAUCUACAUUAAAAUGAAUCCAAAAUGAUUCCACCUCUACCCUCAAAMCCCCCCCCAAAACUCCUUAUGAAUGAUGCUGAAUAAAUGUGUUAUGAAGGUUGGUUUGGAUGACACCACUACUCCCACAAAGGUUGAUAUUAAUUGUUCAAUGUGAACCUACCAGGAAUGUCAUUGUCCCAAAUCAAGAUGGACUCCUAGUCAGGUGACCUAUCAUCAUCAGCUGACCAGUCACCUGACCUCAUCAAGAUGACAAACAUUUUAUGGUUUGACAGCCAUCAGAGGACUUCAUCCAGUAUGUGUUCGUGACAUGAGUGUUAUGURCUGUAUGCCUUAACCCUUCAAGUAGUGGCAUCCCUUUUCCUUUAGAAGAAAGGGUCCAGCCAGAGCCAAAUAUUUAGAGAGUUGGGACAAUGCAGUUUCUGUCUGAACGUUCCGAGAGCGCUACAUUCUCCUCCGUAGCCAUUGCUUAGUGAUAACUGACGCUUCCGUGUUGUGCUGUUUAUUCUGAACGUUUUCUAAACCAAUGAAGAUGUCCAUUUGUUGACACUACAAUCAUAUCUAUAUAAACACAGUAAAGACUUGGAUACACAUGAUCCUGAAUGCUAAUCAAU